AUGCCCAAGUGGACGGACAAGGCUGAUCGCGAUCUCAUCUUCGCGAUCCUGAUCGCCAACAUGGACAGGCAUCUGAAAGUCAAGGUCCCCUGGGCCAAGGUCGAGAGCCAGAUGAUCGACUGGGGCUAUGUCGGCCCCAAUGAGUUCACACGGAAGGCCAUCACUCUCCGCUGGUCAAUGAAGAUUCUUAAGGAAUUCCGCGACGAACAAAAGGCGAAGGACGGCAACAGCCCCCAGGUCGUCACCGAGCCUGUCCCCAAGAAGUCCUCGGGCGGCAGAAAGAGAAAGGCUGCUUCUUUUGACAACAGCGUGGAUGACGACGAUGAAUCGGACCUCGCUGAGACCUUGAAGAAGCGACGCAAGAUGUCAGCUGCGCUCACUCCUGGUCCUGUCCUUGGCAAAAAGAAGAAGAAGGCCGCCGGCGGCGCUAAGGUCGAGAAGCAAGAAUCGGAGGUGAACGACGAGAUUGAGAAAGAGCACGAUCCUAUCCACUAUGCCCCGUUCGCUAUCUGA